GUUGCGCCCAUCCUCGCCCCGGGACACGCCGCUGCUGCAAGUUCACUUCACCCCAAAUACCUGCACUAUUAACGGUUUAAACAUGUCCAAAGAGUCGUGGGCGCGAGCAGUUGACGUCCAAGAGGCGGGAGCUUCCUCCGUGAAGUUCGACUUCUCCAAGAAAAUGGAUCGGCCCCGUGGUGAACUAAACGCGACAGGAGAUAUAAAUGGCAACGUGGUGGCGGCGGGGGAGAGGGGGGACCAGGGGGGGGACGAGCAGGUCAACGUGGCCCAGCAGUCGCUGCUCAACAAGCUGAUCCGCCGCUCGCUGGUGAAGAACAUGAACCAGGUGGAGGUGCUGCAGCGGGACCCCAAAUCCCCCCUGUACUCCGUCAAGACCUUCGAGGAGCUCCGCCUAAAACCUCAGCUCCUGGAAGGAGUGUACAGCAUGGGCUUCAACAGACCCUCCCGCAUCCAGGAGAAUGCUUUACCCAUGAUGUUGGCACAGCCACCUCAGAAUCUGAUCGCCCAGUCCCAGUCUGGCACAGGGAAAACUGCUGCUUUCUCUCUGGCGAUGCUCAGCCACGUAAACCCCGCCAACAAGUUCACUCAGUGCCUUUGUAUUGCCCCGACAUAUGAGCUGGCGCUGCAGAUCGGUCAGGUGAUCGAGCAGAUGGGGAAGUUCUGUCCGGAUGUGAAGUUGGCCUACGCCAUUCGCGGGCACCAAAUCCCACGCGGCAUGAUGCUGGACCAGCACAUCGUGAUCGGAACCCCAGGGACGGUCCUUUACUGGUGCAUCAAGUACAAGAUCAUCGAUCCUAAGAAGAUAACCAUGUUUGUGCUGGAUGAGGCUGACGUGAUGAUCGCCACGCAGGGCCACCGGGACCAAAGCAUCCGGAUCCACAGACAGCUGAAUAAAGACUGUCAGAUGCUGCUUUUCUCUGCAACCUUUGAGGACUCGGUGUGGAAGUUUGCAGAGCAGGUAGUUCCCGACCCAAAUAUCAUCAGACUGAAGCGCGAAGAGGAGACACUGGACACGAUCAAGCAGUUCUACGUGUUCUGCAAAGCAAAGGAGGACAAGUUCGUGGCACUCUGUAAUCUGUACGGGUGUCUCACCAUCGCACAAGCCAUGGUUUUCUGCCAUACUCGCAAGAUUGCUUCCUGGCUCUCCUCCCACCUGAUUGCAGAAGGCCACCAGGUGGCGCUGCUGAGUGGAGAGAUGACGGUGGAGCAGAGAGCAGCCGUGAUCGACCGCUUCAGGGAGGGCAAAGAGAAAGUGCUGGUGACCACCAACGUCUGCUCCAGAGGUAUUGACGUGGAGCAGGUUUCCCUCGUGGUCAACUUUGACCUCCCCGUGGACACGCGAGGGGAGGCCGAUAACGAGACGUACCUGCACCGGAUCGGCCGCACCGGUCGCUUUGGCAGACGAGGAUUUGCCGUCAACAUGAUUGACAGCGUACACGGCAUGGAGAUUAUCAAGCAAAUUCAGCAGCAUUUUGAAAGGGACAUCGUAAAACUUGACACGAGCAAUCUGGAGGAAAUGGAGAAGAUGUUGAGCUGAAUUCUUUGCUGUUUGCACUACUUGAUGCAGUUGGGCAUGUUGCCGUUCAUGGGACUUUGAGUUCCUUUGAUAGUUUGUUUGCUUUUUCUUGUUUUAAAGAUGCAUGAACAGUUUGGUUUGCAGUGUUCAUUUUCCGGCAACUAUUUGUGCCAAAUCUUCUCAGAUUUCAUUUGUGUUGAAUAUUGACAAGUUACUUUUUGUGUUCAGAGCCCAUAUUGAACACUCGGUGUUGCACUUUGUUUUGAGUGUUUAAUUUCAUUCAAUGCAUGAAUCCAUUCAUUAACGUGUGAAUGAUGUCCAGAAAUGUUUAAAUGAAAAUAAAAAAAUGCUAUUUA